AUGUUCCACGGAUCCAACAAAAGACUCAACGCUGCCGGGCUUGCUCCCGAGCACUCGAAGCUCCUCCCUGAACGUCAACCUAAGGACGACGAAGCUAACCUCCUUGAGUGCCUUCACCAACUCUACACCUCUGCCUCGCCCAGCGAUGCCUGCCUCUCUAUCUUCGCCAACGAAGCUAUCCUCACGCUCCCCACCGGUGACGUAGUUGUCGGACCAAAGGGCAUCAAGUCAAAAUUCUGCGACCUGCUCGCCCCCUACACCCAGCGCACCCUCCGCCAACGGCUGCUUGUCACACCCGAGUCCCUGCCACCGCGCACUAUCGUACUGGACCAGAUGCUGAGCCUCGCAUCUGCCGACUCUGAUGUGGUGAAAAGCGUCCACUCUCUCGUCGUCAUCAAGCGCAAAGUCCAAGACGGCAAAAUCUCUUGCCUCACCGAAGAGGAGGGUCAUCGCAAAGCCACAGCCCCCCUGGCAGCUCGUGCUGCUGCAGCAAACAGCUUCUACUCUCCCACCGACGCACAGCUCAGCCCGGUCACCUCGAAACUCAACUUGGCAAAGAGGAAGCAUCACAUCAAGGCCAAGCCUACAGCUCUUUUCGCCAACAGAUCUGGCUUGAGACAGGCGCUGCUUCCGGCAUCUCCAGCACAGAGUACUGGCACAAAUGCCGAUAUGGAGCUCUAA